AUGGACACGGACACAGACUCUCAGCAGGGAGACAAGGCGGAGUCUAAAGAAGAAGCAGAGAAACCCUCUGAAUCUGCAGAGAAACCAGAUAAAACUGAGCCCACUGAGAAGGUGAAGAAGGAGGUGGAGGCAGCGGAGACGUCAGAGAAGGAGGAGGCGGAGGAGGAGCAGGACAAGGAGUGCACUGCAGAUAAGGAGAAGGAGGAGGCCAUGGAGACCUCCUCAGACACAGAGAAGGAGAAGGAGGAGAAAGGAGCCUCGGAGGAGGCGGAGGAGAGGAGGAGGAAGAAGCUGGUGCACGACAUCGGAGAAGGAAACAUCGCCACCGCUGCUGCAGCUGCACUGGCCUCUGCUGCCACUAAAGCCAAGCACCUGGCGGCGGUGGAGGAGAGGAAGAUAAAGUCUCUCGUGGCGUUGUUGGUGGAAACUCAGAUGAAGAAGUUGGAAAUUAAACUGAGACACUUCGAAGAACUGGAAACUAUCAUGGACCGAGAGAAGGAGGCGCUGGAGCUGCAGAGGCAGCAGUUGCUGACAGAGCGACAGGCCUUCCACAUGGAGCAGUUGAAGUACGCAGAGAUGAAGGCACGGCAGCAGAUGGAGCAGCAGGCUGCAGCAGCCGCAGCAGCUCAGGGCCCCCAGGGGCCUCAAGGCCCUCAUCCAGGACCUCAUCCAGGGCCUCAUCAAGGGCCUCAUCCGGCUCACACAGGGCCUCACCCAGUCCCUCACUCUGGGCCCCCUCCUCCAGGCAUGCACCCAGGAGGCCCCCCACCACACCAUGCAGGCCCCCUUCCUCACCACGGGGCCCCCCCUCCACAUCAUGGAGGCCCCCCACCGGGGGCAGCCAUGCACCCGGCUUACCCCCCCAUGGGGCACCACCCCAUGGCCCCGCACCACCCAGGCCAGACGGGCCCAAUGGGACCAGGCCAACCCAUGCCAGGCCGGAUGAUGGCCGGGCCCCCCUCAGCGGGUCCUCCUCCAGGGGGGAUGCCCCCCAUGAUGCCUCCUCGUCAUCCUGGAGCUCCCAACGGCAUGUACCCUGGUCCUCCGGUGCAGCCUGAGGCGGUGCCUGUUCCUCCUGUGGCUCCUGUUCCUGGGGGAAGAGACUGA